CAGAUCCUUGCAGCCAAGCCCCACCGUACGACCUUCAGCUAAGUUGUGAAUAGGAUGAGGGAAUGGAGCGAUCAGUAUGGCAGCGUGUUCUCGCUCAAAGUCGGAAGGAGUACCAUCAUCGUACUUAACGACCGGCGCGCGGUUCAUGACCUGAUCGACAAGCGAAGCGCCAUAUACUCCGAUAGGCCGAUUGAACAGCAACUCGAGAUAGCUUUCGGCAAUGAGAAUUUCGCCAUGUUGCAUGCAACGCCGAUGUGGAGGGCGCAGAGGAAGGUCACCUCGCAGCUGUUGACUCCCAUGCGACUUGAUAGCGAGAUAGCGAGGAUCCAGGAGGCUGAGAUCAGCCAACUCAUGUACGAUCUCCUGCUCACCCCGGACGAUUUCCGUACGCACCUUAAGCGCGCCACUUCAUCGGCAUCAAGUAUUGUUAUUUAUGGCAAUCGUGCACCUUCGUUUGAAAGUUUCUGGGGCUCGGCCGUCUACGUAACCAUGGGCAAGAUCAGCAAAGCUAUAGCGCCGGGCUCAUAUCUCCCGGUCGACCAAUUCCCCAUUCUCAAAUACUUGCCCAACAGAUGGAACGCGGGAAAGCAGAGAGCGCAUGACAGUUACCGUACCAUGACCGAUACUUGGAACGAGGCACGGCGGCUUGUGGACCAGCGUCGCGCGAAAGGCGAUAAGCGGAACUCGUUCAUCGACAAGCUUCUGAAUGAAGACAUCAAACUUGAUGUACCGCAUAGCUACACCGAAUUGAACAACUACCUUGGAGCCGUCCAUCAAGGCGGUGCCGAUACAACGUCCUCGGCGGUGCUCACGCAUAUCAUCCACUUGGCCAAGCACCCACACUUCCAGGAAAAGGCGAGAGUUGAGCUCGAUCGCGUGUGUCGGACGGACAGAAUGCCGGUUUGGAGUGACUUCAAGGACCUGCCGUACAUCAAUUGCAUCAUCAAGGAAGGCUUACGGAUUCGCCCCAUAGUCCCCGCCGGCCUUCCGCAUCGUGCUAGGCAGGAUAAUUGGUAUGAGGGCAUGCUCAUCCCGAAAGACGCCACCGUCUUUAUCCCAGCGUAUGCUUUGAACCAUUCCACGCACAAGGAUCCUGAAAUAUAUAAUCCAGACCGAUACCUCAACCAUCCGAGGCUGGCAAUGGAUUACGCCGGCAGCCCGGACUACAAGAACCGAGAUCAUUACUCCUACGGUGCGGGUCGUCGCAUCUGUGUAGGCAUUCACCUCGCGGAACGUACGCAAUGGCGCAUUACGGCUAGGCUGCUAUGGGCGUUCAAGAUCGAACCUGCGGUUGAUGAAGCGACGGGCGAGAAGAUUGAGCUGGAUACGAAUGCGUAUGAGGAUGGGUUCUUGAGCGAGCCCGACCCGUUUCGGGUCAGGUUUGUGCCGAGGAGCGAGAAACAUGCAGAAGUUCUCCGGAGAGAGUUCAAGGAGGUGGAAGAGUUUUUGAAGAAAUGGGAGUAGGUGUUGGAGAGGAAGGAAAAGGCGAAAAUUUCAGGCUGCACGCUCUGCACUGCCACCGCCAGUCGUUGCACCGCCACAGCCACGAAGCCGGUUCCCGCCCAUAAAAUAUCAACCUCUCCCCC